ACCGCGUUGGUGCAUGAACACGUCGCUAUUAUAUUUCGCCCUCGAAAAUUAGUCUUUGUGACAAAAGGUAAUAUGCUAUUAGCGUCAUAUCUGCACCUGGACAUUCCCCGGGAAAUACUAGUACAUCCUGUAUACAUAAACGUGCGCUUAUGUUAAAAAAUCAUUCAAUAGCGUGCCACCGAAUAGUAACGACACGUCAUGUCGCGGUUCUAUACACUCCUAGUGAACGUUGUCGUCGCAAUGAUAAUCAGCGUCGCGAUCACGUCAGAAAGGGUGAAUCGCACUUCUUAUCAGAUCGAAAAACCGAUUAUGACCGGUCGAGUAAGUGAUAUAAUCUCCCCUCGAAAUCGGAAUGUGGUACCAUUUAUCGGUUCGUCUGUACUUUUUCUGCAUCUGUUCAAGUACAAGCCGCAAAUUCAAAUCAAAUAUCAAAAACUAGACACGAUCAAUCCUACUACCGCCGCUCCGGUAAGAGCUUGCAUAUGUGUACUUUUCUAUCUGUGUGACAAUAAUCGGACAAUCAUCACUGAUGGUUCCGGAAUAAUUGACUUACGUGCAGGAGGAAAUACACAACAAUGUACUGGGGACUUGGAGGUCUGCUGUUAUCCGCCAAAUGUUACAGUAACACCUACGACAUUAACAUUUCCAACUAUACGUCCAACAACGCCUACAAUAACAUUUCCAACUAUAUUAUCAACAAUACCUUCGAUAACAUUUCCAACUCUACCGCCAACAUCUCCAACUAUUCCUCCAACUACUUCACCAACUACCUCUCCAACUAUUCCUCCAACUACUUCACCAACUACCUCUCCAACUACUCCUCCAACUACGGCACCACCACUAUUUCCGAACUGCAUUUGCGUGGUGAUAUCGCAAUGCGAUCCUAAUGGAAUAGUCACCAUCUCCGGCGAGGGUAUAAUAAAUCCGCGGUAUGGCCUGUGCCCCGGUAACCUGGUCUGCUGCAGGAUUUUGGUGAAUACCACGACGCAACCACCGACAAUUCCUCCGACCACAAUGACCACAGUACCGCCCACGGUCACCACUAUAACACCUGGACAAGUGCAACUAUGCUUCAUAUGUGGCAAUAGCACUCUAUGUUUAAACUGCACGCUAGUCAUUUCGCUUGGCGGUGGUGGCAUGAUAGAUCCCAGAUUAUCUCAGGUCUUAUCAGAAGGAAAUGUCUGCACGACGGGGAGCAUACCAUCCUGUCAGAGCGGAUCGUCAGGCGCGCUAAUUACGGACCUCGGCCCGCCGAAGAAUUCGGGUACGUCACAGGAAUGUUACUGCGUGAAGACCUGGCUGUGCUCUGAAGGAAACGUGAUCAGUCCGGACGGUCUUGGCGUAAUUGAUUCGAGAUUCACAUUAUGCUCGUCGGUGGACCAAGUCUGCUGUCGGCUCGCAGGGAUUAAUCGUCAAGGUCUUCGCAACGUCGGCACCUCCGUGUCUCCCAGAGAUCUCGUCCCGUGGAACGAACCACUUAAACGCUCAUCUAUAGACACUGUUUGUGGUAUACAGAACAAUGGUUACGCGCCACCGCAACCUUUUCCCUCUGACUCCGAGACAACCUAUUUCGCUGAAUUCCCAUGGAUGGUCGCGCUUCUUUUAAGAUCCACGACCGACGGUCCUUAUGUUUUCCAGUGCGGUGCUUCAGUAGUCAGUAACGGAGCAGUCCUCACUGCUGCCCAUUGCGUUGUGAACCAAAAACCUGAAAAUUUGGUUGCGCGCUUCGGACAGUGGAACCUAAAAAAUAUUACUCAACCAUUACCUAUUCAAGAAGUGAAAAUCCUCGCAAUAAUCGUGCAUCCGUCGUAUUAUAGCGGCGGGCUUUACCACGAUGUAGCUGUCCUUAUUUUAGCAAAACCAGUCACUUAUAGCGCGAAUGUCCUGCCGAUUUGCCUUCCUGAACAAGGUACAGUCCUAUUGACCGGCACCAGGUGCUACGGAAUAGGAUGGGGCAGCGAUUCGUUUGAAUCGCAAGGACGCUAUCAUACUGAGCUUCGAAAAGUGAAUCUUCCUAUUGUCGAUCGAGAGGUUUGUCAGACACGUUUACGAAGCACGAAAUUGGGCCCGUACUUUGAACUGCAUGGAUCGUUUAUUUGCGCCGGCGGCGAAGCAAAUAGAGACACGUGCCGUGGCGACGGCGGUGGACCGUUGAUUUGUCAAGCUACUACGGGUCAGUUCUCUCAGGUUGGCAUCGUAUCGUGGGGUAUUGGUUGUAAAGUAUCUAAUAUACCUGCAGUGUAUGCUAGCGUAUCGCAACAUCGUCAAUGGAUAGAUCAACAGUUCGCAACUUAUGGCGUAUAAUGAUGUGUUGUACGUGGUUUAAUGAUAUUUCUAAUCAAUUGUGAUGUACCGUUUAAGUACGCUUACAUCACAUAACUUAUAAUAAUUAGAACUUAUAAUAAUAAAAUGUGAUGGCGAUACUUUAUUAACUUACAUACUCGACGUUAUUUAUUUGAGUUCCUAUAGAUUGCAUAAGUAAUCUAUAUUUGUUUAAAUCUUCUUUUAUUUACAGCGAAUAAUAUAAUGCAUAUUAUAAACGCAUUCUACCGAGAACGAAUAUAUUUAUUUCAAUUAGUAUUGAUAAUUGUGUAACACAUAAACCUUCCACGCUGGCAGCGCGCUAAGCGCAAAGAAUGAUAUUACAUUGUUUAAAUAAUAUUAAACAUGAAUAUUUAAAAAAAAUACAAAAAAAAACUUCCACCGUGACAAUGUUUCUCACAUUGCCGUGACCAGGAUUCGAACCUGGGUUACUACGGCCACAACGUAGGGUCCUAACCACUAGACGAUCACGGCUACUGGAAGAAUUAAGUAAAGCCUCGGAAAUUAAGCACAAUGUUUGCGUCGGUAAA